GUCACACGUGGUUGGAGUGUAAACACCUGUUGCAACGAGAGUGUUGUUUUCCCAGCUGAAUUUCACAAUUUCCACGUUGAAAUUGAGCUCUUCCGCUGUGCUGAUCAACUUUCGUCAUGGGAAUCGUGCGAUACUACCUGCUAGAGAAUCUCGACGUGGCCAAGAAGGAGACGCUCCUGCAACGGCUUCAGAAGGUGGAAAAGUCCGUCUGUGAUGUGCAUCUAGAGAAAUGCUACCACGUGGAGACAGCCAAGGGAGUGAAAGUGUCCGAGACUCAGGAGAAGAUCCUUCGCUGGCUUCUGAAGCACUCUCAAGAGGAAGAUGCAUUGACUGGUGUGACAACUCUCUUGAAUCCCACUUCAAACUCUGUUCUUAUCGAAAUUGGGCCACGUUUUAACUUCUCCACGGCUGAUUCCACCAACAGCGUUAGCAUCUGCGAGAGCGUGGGCUUCGAGGGGAUCGUGAAGCGCAUUGAAGUCUCCAUGCGAUAUCUAAUAGUGGCCCAGAAUGCAGGAGUGGACAAGAAAGUGGCUGAUUUCGUGGAGUUGCUGGGCGAUCGCAUGACACAGUGUCAGUACACGGAGAAGAAUCUCCCGGUGGAGGACUUCUAUGAACAGGUGUUGCUGAAGAAGCCUGAGAACUGGUAUCGUGUGCCCGUGCUGGAGCAGGGAAUUGCCGCACUGAGAGAUGUGAACGCAAAACUGGGAUUGGCUUUCGAUGAGUGGGAUUUGCAGUACUACAGCAAUCUCUUUGGCAAUGUGCUGAAACGCAAUCCCACCAGUGUUGAGCUGUUCGAUUGCGCCCAAAGCAACAGUGAGCACUCCAGGCAUUGGUUCUUCAAGGGGAAGAUGAAGAUCGAUGGGGAGUUUGUGGACAAGUCACUGAUUAAGCUGAUUGUGGACACUCAGGAGACCACAAAUCCCAACAACACCAUUAAGUUCAGUGACAACAGCAGUGCCAUCAAGGGAUUCAAGCAGAAGGCUCUCCGCCCCACGCAGUUUAGCGGUCCGGGGAAGGUGGAGGUCGUGAACAUGGAAUCGGAUCUCAUCUUCACAGCGGAGACGCACAACAUGCCGACCGCCGUGGCGCCUUUCAGUGGCGCCACAACUGGCACAGGAGGUAGAAUCAGAGAUGUUCAGGGCGUGGGCAGGGGCGGAUUAACCAUUGCCGGGACGGCCGGAUACUGCGUCGGGGCUCUCCACAUUCCAGACUCCGAGGCUCCGUAUGAAGAUGACUCCUGGCGCUACCCACCGACAUUCUCCAGCCCUCUCAAAAUCAUCAUCGAUGCCAGCAACGGCGCUUCGGACUAUGGCAACAAGUUCGGUGAGCCUGUGAUCUCUGGAUUUGCCAUUUCCUAUGGAAUUCGCGACAGUGCUGGCGAGCGCUGCGAAUAUGUGAAGCCCAUCAUGUUCAGCGGCGGAUUGGGAACGAUGGAUGCCACGCACACAGACAAGUUCAAUCCCGAGAAGAGGAAUCUCCUGGCGAAGCUGGGUGGCCCUGUUUAUCGCAUUGGUGUCGGAGGCGGCGCUGCUAGUUCUGUGGAAGUUCAAGGUGGUCGUGAUGCUGCCGAGUUGGACUUCAAUGCUGUGCAGCGAGGCGAUGCUGAGAUGGAGAAUAAGCUGAAUCGCGUUGUGAGAGCGUGCAUUGAGAUGGGUGCCAAGAAUCCCAUCUUGGCGAUCCACGAUCAGGGCGCUGGCGGCAAUGGGAAUGUGCUGAAGGAGCUGGUGGAGCCAGGAUAUGCAGGAGCUGUGAUCUUCUCCAAGGAAUUCCAACUGGGAGAUCCCACAAUCACAGCGCUCGAGCUCUGGGGUGCGGAGUAUCAGGAAAACAAUGCCAUUCUCUGUCGCCAAGAGGAUAGGCAACUUCUGGAAGACAUCUGCUCGAGGGAGAGGUGUCCCAUCAAUUUUGUGGGUGUGGUGACAGGAAAUGGGUAUGUGACACUCCUGGAGGAGGAGGCAAACUUCGAGAAGUACCUCGAAAGGCAGUAUCUGCCCAAGGAAACAGCUCGUCCCUUCGAUCUCCAUCUGAAAGAUGUUCUCGGCGAGAUGCCUCGCAAGGAGUUCACUUUGGAUCGUCUGCCCAGGAAAUUGACACCUCUUCAGGUGCCGGAGAUCAAUUUGGAGAAAACUCUGAAGACAGUCUUGGGGAUUAUGGCGGUGGGCAGCAAGAGAUUCCUCACGAACAAAGUGGACAGAUGCGUGACUGGCCUGAUCGCUCAGCAGCAGUGCGUUGGAUCUCUGCACACUCCUUUGGCUGACUUUGCCGUCACGGCGGUGUCGUAUUUUGGCCACGAGGGCAUCGCCACGUCUAUCGGCACGCAGCCGAUUAAGGGAUUGAUUUCACCUCAGGCGGGUGCCAGGAUGUCAGUGGCCGAGGCUCUCUCGAAUCUCGUGUUUGUGGGAAUCUCCGAGCUGGCCGACGUCAAGUGCUCAGGCAACUGGAUGUGGGCAGCUAAGCUGCCUGGCGAAGGCCUGAAGCUCUAUGAAGCGUGCCAAGCGAUGUGUUCCUUCAUGAAGGAGCUCAAUAUCGCUGUUGACGGUGGAAAGGACUCACUCUCGAUGGCUGCUCGAGUUGGUGGCGAGACGGUGAAGUCUCCAGGAACUCUCGUCAUCUCCACUUAUGUCCAGUGUCCGGAUAUUCGUGUGAAAGUUACGCCGGAUCUGAAGAUGCCGUCGCGCGGAGGACGCGGAGAAUUGGUGUUUGUCAGUGUGGAGAACAAAUUCCGCCUGGGAGCCUCCGCCCUAGCGCAGGCGCUGGGUCAACAAGGAGAUGACUGUCCAGACGUUCAACGGGCGGAUGUGCUGAAGAGGGCCUUCGAGGCUACCCAGAAACUUCUCAAGAAGGGAAAACUUCUCGCUGGUCACGAUGUGAGCGAUGGUGGUCUGCUCGUGUGCGUCCUGGAGAUGGCUUUCGGCGGAAUGUGCGGUCUCAACGUGGACAUCUCGAGCAUUUUCAAAGGCCACAGCCACUCUAACUACAUCCCCAUAUUGUUUGCUGAGGAAUGCGGCUGGGUUCUGGAAGUGGAGAGUCAGCAUUUCACUGAAGUCAUCCAAACGUUCGCUUCUGAGGAUGUUCCAGUCUUCCACAUCGGUUCUUCCCUGGGCAGUGGCAUUAAGUCGCCCGUCAGGAUUCAAUGCCAAGGCAAAGUGCUGCUGGACGUUGAACUUCUGCAGCUGUUUAAGCAAUGGGAAGCCACAAGUUUUGCCCUGGAAAAGCUUCAGAUGAACGAGGAGUGUGCCAAGGAGGAGUUUGAGAGUCUCUCUCGCCGUAAAGUCUUGAAGUACUCGUGCACUUACAAUCCGGAUGAAGUUAUCCUCCCACGAGAACCUGCUGCUGCCAUCCGCGUGGCUGUGAUCCGCGAGGAGGGCACCAAUGGUGACAGGGAGAUGAUUUCCUCUCUCUAUGCGGCCAAGUUUGAAGUCCACGACGUUGCCAUGACGGAUCUCCUGGCGAAGAAGGUCACUCUGGAUGCCUACAGAGGUGUAGUGUUCCCAGGAGGCUUCAGCUAUGCCGAUACUCUGGGUUCUGCUAAAGGAUGGGCCGCCACGAUUCUCUUCAGUGACGUCCUAAGACCCCAAUUCGACCAGUUCAGGCGGCGGAAGGACACUUUCUCUCUCGGUGUGUGCAACGGAUGCCAGCUCAUGAGUCUCAUCGGCUGGGUGGGCAAUCCCAGAGAGACCAAGGAGAGUGCUUUUGACGUUCCCGAUGUGGCUCUUCUCCACAAUCGCUCGGAGCGCUACGAGUGCCGCUGGUCGACAGUCAGGAUUGCUCACGACACCAAUUCUGUUCUCCUGAAGCGCAUGAGGGGAUCCGUGAUGGGAUGCUGGAUUGCGCACGGCGAGGGACGCUUCUCCUUCCGCACCAGGGCCGUGCUGGAGGGCCUGAAGAGCAGACAGAGCGUCGCUAUGCACUACGUGGACGACGAUCACAAGCCUACGGAAGUUUACCCCAUGAAUCCCAAUGGCAGCACUGAAGGCGUAGCUGGGAUUACGUCGGAGGACGGAAGGCAUCUCGCGCUUAUGCCUCAUCCGGAGAGGUGCAGCAUUUUGUGGCAGUGGCCAUACGUUCCGCAUGACUUCAAGCACAAGAACUCUCCGUGGCAGACGAUGUUCGACGAGGCAUUCCUCUGGUGCUCAUCCAAUUGAGCUUAUUUGGCCAUAUAUUUUUUGAUAUUCUAUGCAUGCAUUUAUAUAUAUUUUUACUGGAAUAAAAUUGUGAAAUAUUUUCGAGCACA